AGGCCCGCAGCCCCAGCCCCACUAGCGGUUGGGGCCCCAGCCCAAGCAGCAGUGAGGCUCCACAGCUCAACCACAUCAAUGGCCGCUGCCUCAGUCCCUUUGACCAUUCCUCCCUCAGACCCAGUCGCAGGAGUGAUAAGUAAUGGCCUGAUCCUACUGAACCCGGCAACCUUGCCCCCGGGCACCAAGAUCAUCCUUCAGAUCCCACCCCAGAUGGUUGUGCCCCCGAGGGACGCAGGCACAAGAACUGGGAGCACCAACGCUUGUACUCUGCAAGGACUGGUACCCAGGAGGAUGCCAGAGCUGCACCCAGCCCCAGCCAAAGCUCAGCAGCCAGCAGGAGGGCAGCACGGUGAUCUCACCAGCAGCAUGACAUCAGCAGAGAAGGGCAAUGGGCCACACACCCCACCAGUGCCAGCCCCCUCCCAGCCCCCAUCACCAUCAGCCCCCCUGCAACCUCCACAGCUCUUGCCACCAUCAGCCCCCCUGCAAUGCCCACCUCCCUCAGGCCCACCACUGCUAGCUCCCUCACAGCCCCUGGGCUUGAUGCCACUACCAGCCCCUCCACCCCCCUCAGCCCCUCCACAGCUGCCAGCCCCCUCAGAGGAGCUCUGGGCUGAGCAGGGAGCAUGGCACAAACCUUAUAACUUCCGGCAGUCCCAGCCCCAAGGGAAAUACACCGAGGAGGGAGCAGGGGAGGGUAGUGACCCUGGGGGAAGCUCUGGGGAGGACUGGGCAGGGGAGAGCGGGGAUGAAGAGGAUGAGGAGCUGGAGCCUGUCCCCCAGAGGAAGAGGCGAGGGCGGCCCCCCAAGAAGGAAGGACCAGGUCAGCCCCCCAAGAAGCGAGGCCGGCCCCCCAAGAAGCAAGGACCAGGUCAGCCCCCCAAGAAGCGAAGGCGAGGCCGGCCCCCCCUGGGCCCCUACAUCUGUGUGGUCUGUGCCAAGCACUUUGUGUACCAGAGGUCACUGAAGCAGCACAUGCGGCUGCGCAGGCACUAUCCCUCCUGCCACCAGUGCCACAGCACCUUCAGUGAUGUCCACAAGCUGCAGCUCCAUGUGCUCAGCCACGGGGGGGAGGGCAUAGCGUGAGCAGCCAUGGGUGAGGCUCAGAGCGAGCCAUGAUGUCUGACCAGGCACUACAGUGCCCAACCAUCCCCCCACCCCCUCUUGGGGGGCCUCAAUGCAAACACCCCCUUGCUCUGUCCCUGCACCCCCACCCCAUUGCAGAGCAGGCAGCUCUGUUGGGUUGUUUGGACUGAGCUGUCUGACCAUCCUGGGAGAUCCUGCACCCCGAUGUCUCUUCUCAGGCUUGGCCUUUCACAUGCCAUUCUGCCCUGGCACCCAGUGCCAUCCUCGGGUCAUCCACCCCUUGGACUCCCCUGUGUCACUGGGAGCAGGGCAGGGCUUCUUCUCAUGUGAAUUGCUGCUGCCUCAGCUACUCCACUGCAUAAAAAGCAGCCCUGAGGCUGGCUGGCUGGGGGCUGCAUGUCCUUUGUGCGUCAGUGGUUGGGGCAGUGUUGGCAGCAGGCCUAAGGCAGGGGACCCUCUGUUGGGGUGAAGGGCAGUUCUUUCCCUCUACCCCCUUUGCUCCUUGGCCCAGGGUAUUACCUCCAGGAACUGGGCUCAGAUUAGGGACUUGUUUUUUCGUGUCCCCCUGUAUGGCAGAACUUGGACCCAAGAGUGGAAAGGCCCCUGCCCAGCCCCUCUGCCUUAAGGGGUCAGGUAGAGCAAGAGAGAAACAACUCGUUUUAUUGUUUAUUAUUAAAAAUGUUUUCAAGCUAA